UCUCGUCAGUCGCCAGCAAGCAACCAAGCAGAGAUCUUCUGCCAGCGUUCCCAGAUAUCUUCCUGUGCUAAGUUAGCAGAAGCCAAUUCGCCCAGUUGCCAAGUUUCGCCCAUCGCAAGUUCCGCUAGCACUUUUUAACAAGACCUCGACCCACCGGGCUACGCCACUACUAUCAAACUUCACCAAUCCAAUCCACACGGAUUCAAUAAAUAACAUAUAAGAUUGUGCAAAACUCUAACUAAUAAGGAAUGAAAUGCAAUUCCUGAAAUAGUUUACGUAUCAAGGAAACAUGCCGUAAUAGCAUUCCAGUUGAAAAUAAACUUUUAAUUAGUAAUCUUCACCUAAGAAAAUUAAAAUUCGAAGGGAAGUUUACCAUUCACAUUUUUUGCACGGUUUUAAUAUUUGCCAAAUUUGGUGUCAACAACUUAAUCGGAAGGAAGAGACAUUAUACACGUUAUAAAGAUGUCAUCAGUCGACGUGCAGAACCAGGGACAGGCUUCCGGGGGGUCGAACAACGACCAAGGUCAAGGGGGUGGGGAACAAGUCGCUCAACAACAGCAGCAGCAGCAGCAACAACAACAAUUACAACUUCAGCAGAACAAUGCUGCCCAAAAUGUUCAAGGGAAUCAGCAACAACAGCAAAUGCAACAGCUCCAAGUGAUCCAACAACCCCUUCAAAAUCAGGCUUAUCUUCAACACGUGUACAACGCCCAGGGCCAACCACAACUUAUCAUGCAGCCCAGCAAUAUCGCUUUCAAUCAGUUAAAUCCUCAAAUCCAGCCAGCACAACUUGCUCCUUCCAUUCAGGUAAUCACAGGAAAACCGUUCCAACCCAACCAACUCAGCAGUCCUCACAUGCUCACCACAGCGACAGCCGGAUACGCCACGAUCCCCACCAGUGCGGCGAAUAGCGCCUACAUCAUCGGAAAUCUGGGACAACUCAUCAAUUCUUCACAGCAAAACAUUCUCCAACACCAGCAGACAAACAAGCCUGGGGAAAUGCAGAAGGUGAUCCAACCACAAAUCACUCAAGCCCAGUUGCAACAAGGGAUAACGUGGGCACCCCAAUUAUUUCAAAAUCUCCAAAAUCCCAUCUUUAUCCGGGGCACACAACCGGAUCAACAGCCCAUGUUUAUUCAACAGCAACAACCACUUCAUAAUAAUUCCGGAUCUCACCAACAGUUCACUAUGCCGCUCACUGCCACAGGUCACACCACCACGUCAAACGGUCUCCAGAUCUCGCAACAGCAACAGCAGCAAAAUCCACAAACGUCUCAGUCGGCACAAUCUGUGAUGUCGGUGCAGCAAAAUCAAACCCAAUCAGGAAAUGGAAGUGUGACCUUGACUCCAAUGAAGGCUCCAGGUCAAGCAAACCUUCAACCGAAACCGCAACCACUCCAAAUCCAACCUAGUCCUACCAACCAAACCAAUCAGCAACAGCAGCAAGCCACGCAUCAUCAGCAACUGCAAAAUGUGAACGUAUCCAUGGGGGUUGGUGGUCCCCAGUUUCAAAUGAUUCCUCAAAACUCGCAAGCCAAUGUGCAACAGAUUCUUACUCAGAAUGCGCAAGGCCAGCUCACAACCCAAGUCAUACAACAGCAACAGCAGGGAGGUCAAGGGCAACCUCAGCAGCAGAGACAUUUGACUAUCCUCCCCCAACAAGGUGGGGGACAUCAACAACUCACCUUCAUCCAGCAACAGCCUCAACCCCAACAGCAACAACAGCAGCAGCAACAACAACAAAUCCGACCAAACUACACGGUCACAGCAGCUUCUCCUAUUAUUCAGCAGGGCGGAACUCCCACGACAGCGACAGCCCCACAGCAAAGACCCAAAAUUAGAAAGCCUGGCGUUGGACGGGGAACCGUGAACCAAAAUCAGGGUCAAAAUGCACAAUCUCCCAACCAAAAGGCCAUGUACCCCAGACCAACGAUGCCAAACGCUGUAGGCCAAGGAGGGCAGAUCCAAGUGAAAUCAGUGGGACCUAAUCAACAAGGUCACGGAUCCCAAACGGGGGCCACGAUUUCAAGGAUAGCAGUGGCAAAUGCUGGUCAGCAGCAACAACAACAACAGCCCUUGAAGACAAUCAACUUGUCUGCACUGCACACCCCGCCCACUUUGCCCGACGCCACGUUAACACCUCUAAUCCCACAAAGUAAUCAACAAAUAACGGCAACCUUAAUUCCUCCCCCAACUCAACAACUGCAACUCUUUACAACGACUCAUCUGCCCACUCCAAAUAUUUCUAUUACACCGGCUCCUCUACCAACUAAGAAGGAUGAAAGUGGUGGUGGUGCAGAAAUGGGUGGAGAGCAUAGAGGAGAGACUGAGAAGGAAAACACAAAGAUGAAGCAAUCUACACAGUCUUCCGAAGAUGAUUCCAAGCAGAAACUGCCCAAAGCAAUGGUGAAACCGCAAGCCCAAAUUCUGACCCAUGUUAUUGAAGGUUUUGUCAUCCAAGAAGCUGGUGAACCGUUUCCUCCCGUCCAUAAAAAUGGAGAGUGUGACGAACCACCGAAAAAGAAAUUGGCUCUAGCCCACUUGGGACAAGCUGGUGGAGAAUUUGGAAAGUGCGAAAUGUGUGGAAAGCUUGACCUAAAGUCGAAAUUUAAAAAGAACAAGCGUUUCUGUUCAUCCGCCUGUGCUAAAGGAAGCAAAGCUCAGUCCCAACAACAAAACAAUGUCCCACAAGUUAACAAUAGUAAUAAUUCCAAGGCGGCUCGGAACAAUAAGAAAUGGGUUGAAUCAGGGGAUGGAGAAUUGACUGAUGAAACGAGCAGUUCCAUGGGGGAUACCACCUGUUCAUCUCCAGCCAUUCAUGACGAACCUGACCCAAAAAUGAAUCCCGUUAAGUGGAAUGUUGCAGAAGUGGUUGACUUUGUUCGUUCUCUUCCUGGAUGUUCUGAAUAUGCUGACGAUUUCGCUGUACAGGAAAUUGAUGGACAAGCUCUCAUGCUUUUGAAGGAAGACCACCUCAUGUCCGCCAUUGGCAUGAAGUUAGGCCCAGCGCUUAAACUAUGUGCUAAAAUUGAGGCGCUUCGUAUCGCAAAUUCUGGAGGGGAUCAAAGUUCUUGUAAAGCUUAAUUCAAUCCAUCUUUACUGCAUUCAACAAUAGCUGAUAAUAUGAAUUAGUUUGUAAGUUUGUUAAGUCUGUGUUCACGUAGCUAGUAAUAUUUUUGGACUUGCAUAAACAUAGUAAAUUAUUGUAAAUUAUUGUGUAACUUAUAAUUAUAAAUUUUCGAUAAUACAUGUGUAUUUUAUUUGCUCAUAUUUUUAUACUAAAUGUCUACAAUUAGUCAACGUUUUUUUGACGAGUCAAAAUAAAAUUGAAUAAAACCUGAAAUAUA